UGCAUAUGCAACGAGCGCCAGCCCGGGGUGCGCGUCCAGGACUGCGGCUCAACAGACGCUGCUCCGCCGGCGCCCGGGGAACGUCACUGUGGUUGUGGUUGUGGCCGCGGCAGCGGGCUCGAACGGGGAGGUGGCUGGCGGCGAAGCGAGAGGCUGAGCCGGCGCCAGGCGGCCCCAGCGGCUGCGUCAGGGUCCUGAGGAGGUGGCGCUGGGCGGGAACCGCUCCGGGGAGCAGCCAGGCCUGCGUGGGUCGGAGCCCGCGGGUCUAACUGUUUACUCCAAGCUGGCCUUGAACUUGCUGUGAGGCUCAGGUUGGCCUUGAACUUGAGAUCCAUCUGCCCUAGCCUCCUGAGUGGUAUAUCACCAACUUUGGGUUGCUGAGUGGAUUGCCAUCCGUGUAUAUAAAACUUGACAUCUCAAUAAAUAAGAUUCUCAGAAAACAUCUAUGUCAGAGACAGUGGGCAGUAAAUAGAUGAAGCCAAAGAUGAGUGAGACAAGACACUUUUUCAAGAGCUUACAGACCCUGUGAGAGGAAGCAGGCUGCUACCAUGAACAUGGCCAGGAAUGUGACAGACCUUCUGGCUUUGAGCCAGCAGGAAGAACUAUUGGAUUUGCCAGACAACUACCCACUGAGUACAAGUGAAGAUGAGGGGGACAGCGAUGGAGAACGGAAACAUCAAAAGCUCCUGGAAGCAGUUGGUUCCCUUGGUAGAAAGAAUAAAUGGAAGUUGGCAGAGAGAUCUGAGGCUAGUCGGAUGGUAUCAGAGUUCAAUGUCACCUCUGGAGGAUCAGGUGAAAAGCUGGCCCUUUCCGAUUUGCUUGGGUCUGCUACAACAUUAUCUGCCUUGGCUGCUGUGAAAAAACAGCUGCAUAGAGUCAAGUCAAAGACUCUGACCACACCCCUUAACAAAGAAGAGGCUGACCGGGCCCUCAGGGAAGCAGCAUUCAGCAAAACCUCACAAAUGCUCUCCAAGUGGGAUCCUGUCGUUCUGAAGAACCGGCAAGCAGAGCAGUUGGUUUUUCCUCUGGAGAAGGAGCCGCCAGCUGUUGCUCCCAUUGAACAUGUCUUCACUGGCUGGAAAGCAAGAACCCCCCUGGAACAAGAAGUUUUUAACCUUCUUCAUAAGAACAAGCAGCCAGUAACAGACCCUUUAUUGACUCCUGUGGAAAAAGCCUCCGUCAAAGCCAUGAGUCUGGAAGAAGCCAAGAUACGCCGAGCAGAGCUUCAGAGGAUGCGAGCUCUGCAGUCCUAUUAUGAGGCUAGAGCUCGAAGAGAGAAGAGAAUCAAGAGUAAAAAGUAUCACAGAGUUCUAAAGAAAGGAAAGGCCAAGAAAGCCUUAAAAGAGUUUGAGGAGCUGUGGAAAGACUGCCCAAGUGCUGCAUUGCAAGAACUGGAAAAAAUGGAAAAGGCCAGAAUAACAGAACGGAUGAGCCUUAAGCACCAGGGCAGUGGGCAAUGGGCAAAGUCAAAGGCAAUUAUGGCCAAGUAUGACCUGGAGGCUCGGAAAGCUAUGCAAGAACAAUUGGCUAAGAACAGAGAACUGACACAGAAGCUCCAGGUAGGUUCAGAGAGUGAGGAAGAGGACGGAUGCACAGAAGAGGGAAUAGUCCCUGUCUCUGAUGGAAUGGAUGACCUACAGAUGAAUGCAGGUGAUGCAAAUCCCUGGAUGCUUAGCAGUUGCAACAGCAAUGCAAAAAGGGGGAAGAUCAAGACAGACCCUGAACAGAUGCUUGAAUUCGGGGCCCAUGAGUCUUCUGAGAGUGAGGGAGAUGAAAGACCAGUGGCAGAAGAACUUGUGUUGAAAAAAAGAUCCUUUCAAGAAAGAGUUGAUCCCAACAAUGCUAAGCCAAUAGAUGGCCAAGAAACACAAGACUCUAAUAGCCAGGAGGUAUUAUCAGAAUCAAGAGUACAGAAACUCAACAAGGAAAGUCAUCAGCCUGAGAGUCAAAAAAUGAGUUCAGAGGAAGCUGUUCUCCAUAUCCAGAGAGAGGACCCUGCCUCAGAGAAGUUCUUGGUGCCUCAAAGGCUAAAGAGAGCACAUGUUCUAGAACAACAAGGAGAAUUGAGCAAAGGGGGCUAUUAUCCAAAAAGAGGGCUCUCUAGACCUUUGUUGAAAGGGGAGUGGAAGAAGAUGAAGCUACCCACCAACCCUGAUGCCUCUGGAGGGAAGAAAAAGAAGGAACAAAUGAUUGAUGUACAGAACCUUCUGACGAUCCCAUCUCAUUCUGUAAAGUCUUUGGCAGUGCCCACAGUACAGGAGUUGGAAGAUGGAGUGGAGACAGAUCACAAGCAGCUAAUAAAGGAAGCUUUUGCUGGGGAUGAUGUCAUAAGAGAGUUCUUAAAAGAGAAAAGGGAAGCUAUAGAGGCAAGUAAACCAAAGGACUUGGACUUGUCAUUGCCUGGAUGGGGUGAGUGGGUUGGUAUGGGCCAGAAGCCCAGUGCUAAGAAAAGGCGCCGUUUUCUUAUUAAAGCUUCUGAAAGUUCUCCAAGAAAAGACAAGAAUUUGCCGAAUGUGAUUAUCAGUGAGAAGCGCAACAUCCAUGCGGCUGCUCAUCAGGUGCGGGUGGUUCCACAUCCAUUCACCCACCACCAGCAAUUUGAAAGGACUAUCCAGAACCCUAUUGGGUACACAUGGAACACCCAGAGGGCCUUCCAAAAGCUGACAGUUCCCAAGGUUUGCACCAAACUAGGCCAUAUCAUUAAGCCCAUAAAAGCAGAAAAUGUAGGGUACCGCUCUUCCUCAAGGUCUGACCUCUCUAUCCUACAGAGCAAUCGGAAGUGCCUCUCCAGAAAACAGCAAAAACAGCUGAAGAAAAGUUCUGCAGAUUAAGCUGCCAGUGGAGUAGUGUCUUCGUCCUGGAGCUAGGAACCUCUCUUGGUUCUUGUUUUUCUUGGUUGCAUCAUCGUGCUUCAGGGUCAUUUCCUAAAUUGUCAGACACUGUGUACUUAAGCCACAUUGUAGAAAUAAGGCAUUUUUUAUCUAGUAAAGAGCUUAUAUUCCAUUUUGAGAUUUAUGAUAAAUUUAGAAAUUAUUCAUUCAUGGGAAAAAUAUUGAGUACCUAUAUUGGUACCUACCCUAGGCUUAGGGAGGGAUGAAUGGACAGAGAAAUUCAGGCUGGGAUUGGGCAGAGGAAGCAUGGGCAGCAAAAAAAUGCUUAAUUAGUUUAGAUAUUAAGUUAAUAGAUCCUGAUAUAGUGGCUCAUAUAUGUAAUCAGCAUUCUGAGGGGCUAAGGAUCAUUUAGUUGAGGCUACAGAAUGAGAACUUGGCUCAAAAAAAAAAAAAAAACCAGAACAAGCCAAAAGGAUUCUAGGAAGAGUUAACAGCAGAAUGAGCAAAUUUAGACUUGGAGAAGACAGACAAGGAAGAUAGCGGCAAAUAGAACUUAAGAAUAAAGUGUUGCAUAGUACUACUAGGAUUGUAGCUUUCCCGGUGCAAAAUGGGAACUCCCUUUUCUUAGUGGGUUUCCUUUUCUCCACCUGAUCUAGGGAACCUGACCCCAAUCUACCUGAGGAAUGUCCUGUAUCCUUGGAGGAAAUUACAGGUUCAAUUUCCUGGAAUGUCUUUCCAUGCAAAUGAGGUAUCCCCUGAACCUUAAACCUCAGUUCAUGAAACUUCACCCUAAGAACUCCUUUCCACUCUCCAGGAUUAAUGUGGAUAGCCCUUGAUUGACCCUGAGUAAAGUAUAUGCGCACAAGCUCUUUCAUUGA